AUGCAGGCUUCCACGACUGCCCCUGAGGCUGGUGGAGGACAUUCGACGCGGCGAGGCCAUGCAACCCAUUUGUCGAUUAGUGACCCGAGUCACCAUGUCACCGAGGCCAUCGGGCAUAUGUACGACGAUGACUACGAUCGCAACGAUCCCCGCCGUCUUAGUUAUAUAACAUCACCGCUCGGGGAGUCAAUAACGACCAUCCCGCGAAACGCCGCAGCAUCCGAAUCCUCUCCCUCGUCCUCGACACCUCUACCCCCCUUCGCCUGCGACCCUGGAUCGCCAGAGUCAACGCGAACCCCCUCCGAGACCGCCACGUCUUCUUUCCCUCUCAACGAUAUCGACUAUGAGUCCGACCCUGCGGCUGUGGUUCAGGAGUUGAACAAUUUGGCUGCCAUUCGGCGCAUGUCGAUGGAUGUUGCAGCAGCUGGCGAUCCGGAUCUCCCUUCUUUUGGCAGCAACUUCUCUAUUCCGUCCCUCCCCCCUUCUCCGUCAGCCGAUGAAAAUGAUGCGUCACGAUUAUUUUGGGUGCCGGCAAGUUUACACCCGGAGCUGGCGCCGAAGGAGUUCAAGUCAUUUCUCGAGAGCAAAGCCGAUGUCAUUAAACGCAAAUCUGGCGACUUUUCGUCCCUUGGUCCCGAACGCCAAACGUCUGGGAGCGGACUUCGUCGCAAACGGUCCAUGUUGUCUAAGCAAAUAGAUGACUCAUCUGGAUAUAAGGAUGGCGCAGAACGGCUGGAGCGACAACGCUCUCAGUCAAGUCGGCGGGAUGGCAUGCUGAGUCCGAAUCUACAAGAGCUCGAGACACUGGUAGAUGACAGCCAAUCUGGCACAAAGGAUGCGCUUGUACGAGGAAUGCAAAAUGCAAGCAUUGCAGCGAGUGAGGAUAAGCCGAUUUUACCACCAGCACCACCGGGCCACAGCCUACGCCGAUCAACUCGUACCCAGUACAAGAAGGGAAGUCUGAAGAAAGGAGAGAAGCCACCCUACUCCAAACGAGUUGGUAGAGCCCUCUCGGAAUCAACUCAUUCGGGUUCCCCAGUUGCAUCCUUAUCAGACGAUGCCGCCAGUCCAAUUCUGGGCAGCACUCGCGUGUCUCCUACCUCUACGGCUGCAUCAACAGGCCGAGCAACCCCACCAGGUCGCUCGCCAUCCAACUCGUCGCGCAGCACGGCCUAUGCUCCAGGUGUGACAUCUACUUCCACGUUCGAUUCUAUUCUCGAUGAUCCACACGCCGAACAACAUGAAGAAAGAUCCGUAUCGCCCGGCCACCAGGCGGAUAGUACUCUUGACGACAAAAACGUAACAUCAUAUGCACGACAUUGGCAAUCUCGCAUAAGCUCAAAUGGCCGAUCUACGUUGAACAUACCUCCGCUGGACCAGAAGGUCCCUUCAAUCAUAGAAACCCCGCCAAACGACUCCAGUCACACGUCGCCUUCACCCGUUUCUCAACCAAAUCGUUCCCCCGAUCGCGAUGCGCCGUCGGCUUAUUCUCCUAGGUCACCAACCCAUGAUACGAGCUCUAGCAAACGACCUGGGCUGAGUCGCCAACCCAAGGACACCACGACGACGCUCAACGAUUUUGCCAAUCAACCUCAGAUGGUUCCCGGUAACAGUACCCGGACAGACAGCCUUUCUUUUAUUCCAACGAUGUCCGAGGAGCGUAAACCCGAGGAACGCAAACUCGAAGGUAAAAAGUCAAAGAAGGAUUCCGAGGGCCGGAAGUCCAGUUGGCACUGGCUGCUGGGAAGCGAUGAAAAGGAAAAGAAAAAAGAGAAGGAUAGUGACUCCAGAAGGGCGAAAUCGAAAACUACCGAUAAAAUUCAUACCAACGCGCGGAUGGAUACGCUCCAGCCAUCCACAGAACCUCCUCCGAAAGGGCGAGAAAGUCUUAUUAUCGAUCGCCUUGACCCGAAGUUGGAGGAAGAGCGUCGGAAGGAUAGUGCGCGAAGGGCUUCUGGGGAAUCUAAAAAGGAAAAGGACGGCAUUUUUUCGUCAAUCUUCGGAGGCGGGCGUAAGAAGCAUGGAGGAGAAGGCCACCACCGGAAAAAUUCGUCACGCAACUUGUCUCCCGACCCCCCAAUGCGAGAACUCAGGGCUGAUGUGGACUAUCCCUGGACACGAUUUUCAAUUUUGGAAGAACGGGCCAUUUAUCGCAUGGCGCACAUUAAACUUGCAAACCCUCGCCGAGCUCUAUACUCGCAGGUGUUGCUGAGCAAUUUCAUGUACUCAUACUUGGAGAAGGUGCAGCAGAUGCACCCCCAGAUGAUGGUGGCCUCUGGAUCUCAGAGGUCAUCUAAGUCUCGGGACCAGCCGGAUGAGUAUCUCCAAUAUCAGCGAUACCAAGAAGCACAAGAGCAACAGCAAUAUGGAGACAGCGCAUACGAUGAUCCUUCAAUGUACGAUUAUGACGAUGAUCCGCAUGAUCGGUACCAGACCCAUGGGGGAAAUAGUAAGCAUGGCUAUGAGAACGGCAAUGCUUACAAUUCGGGACACUAUCAGUAUGAACACUCAUCCUUUGGAGACGAUGUCCAGCUGGAUGAUGACGAUGACGAUGAUAUGUGGUGA